UCUCUUCUCUACAUACAAGAGCACGCAGUUUCAUCGUCGUCCUUCUCUCCAUAGAAACACACACCUGCUUCUUGUUCAACUCGAUCAUCUCCCUCCCUUCCACGCCGUACUACCACCCUCGGCCUGGAUUAUUACCUCCAUCCAUAUAUAGCUUUGAUAUCUCUCGCCGAUCGAUUCCCUCCUGGAAUCCAAUCCGAUGCGGCGGCCACCACCACCACCACCAUUGCCAACCCAAGUGGCGUCCUCGUGAGAGGUUGGCAGCGAGCUACAUCAGCGAGAAGCCUAGGACGCGCAGUAUAUCUCGGAAUGUGCUGUCUUCCAACAUCCGCGAAGCUAUUCUCCCUCACCCUGCCCGCCUAUAUAACCAUCGCCAUGGCUCCCCCUCCCAACCCCCACCAGAGCUAGCUAAUACUGCUACAUCACUACUGUUAUCGAGCUCGGUCGAUCAUCAGUCUAGCCAUGGUGAAGUUCUCCAAGCAGUUUGAGGGGCAGCUUGUCCCGGAGUGGAAGCAUGCCUUCGUGGACUAUUGCCUGCUCAAAAAGGAUCUGAAGAGGAUGCAGCACGCCCGGCUGUUGCUUGGCCGGCAUCAUGCUGCUGACCGUUGCGAAGCAGGCCUAACCGACACACAAGAAACAGCCGGUCAUCACGCGGAACGGGCCUCUCUCUCCCUGUCCCACUGGCUCUUGGACAGGCUCCCUGCUGCUGCUCUCUUCUUCGGCUCCAAUGCUCGCAACAACGAUCAUGGGGUCAUACACGUGCACCGCCGGAAGCUGCUGGCGGGGUCGGCGAGCAGAGGCGGCGGCGGCGGCGGCGACGACGAGUACGAGACGGAGCUGCUAGAGCCGACGCCGUUGGCCGACGCGGACGCGGCAGCGGCGCGGGAGUUCUUCGCGCGGCUGGACGCGCAGCUCAACAAGGUGAACCAGUUCUACAAGAGCAAGGAGCAGGAGUUCUUGGAGCGAGGCCGGUCCCUGCGGCGGCAGAUGGACAUUCUCGCCGACCUCAGCGCGGCCAGGGCCAGCAGGGACGACCCCUUCGUCGCCUCAGCCUCCGCCUCCGCCUCCUCCGAAGACGAGUCCACAAGGUAUGCGAUGACGUCAGCAUCAGACACGGACCAGCUCCAGCUGAACGAGCAAGAAGGAACCACACCGACCAACGACAACGACCCCGGCGUCACGGCUCUUGCUCAAGAGGACCACCAGCAGCAGGAUCUAGAAGGCUCUGGAACUUUCGCGGGGAGGCCGUUGAGCGGGUGCGGGAGGAAGAGCCUGAAGAUCACCAUCCCCCUGACCACCCCCUCCAGGACGAUCUCCGCGCUGACGGACAUCCUCUGGGACGAGCUCGCCAGCAGCCAGUCCUCCAAGAAAUGCAACCCCGACGGUGGCGUCGGGAAACAGAGCGUCAACAAGACCAAGCUCCGGCACGCGGAGAAGAUGAUCAAGCGCGCCUUCGUCGAGCUCUACAAGGGCCUGGGCUACCUCGCCACCUACCGGAACCUGAACAUGAUGGCAUUCGUGAAGAUUUUGAAGAAGUUCGAGAAGAUUACUGGGAAACAGGUCCUGUCCGUAUAUCUCAAGGUGGUCGAGACCUCCUACUUCAACAGCUCCGACGAGGCGCUGAAGCUGAUGGACGAGGUCGAGGACAUCUUCGUCCGGCACUUCGCCGGCGACAACCGGCGCAAGGCCAUGAAGUACCUGAGGCCCGCGCAGCGGAGGGACUCGCACGCCGCCACCUUCUUCACGGGGCUCACGGCCGGCUGCUUCGCCGCGCUGUUCGUGGGCUACUGCGUCAUGGCGCACAUGGCCGGGAUGUACUACUACUACUCCACCCCGGCGCCACGGCCACGGCCACCGCGCGCGCGCGGUGUCACCGCCGGCGGCGGCUUUGGCGACUCCGUGUCGGUGUACAUGGAGACCGCGUACCCGGUGCUGAGCAUGUUCGCGCUGCUGUUCCUGCACCUGCUCCUCUACGGGUGCAACAUGGCGGCGUGGCGCAGGUGCCGCGUCAACUACGGCUUCAUCUUCGAGUCGUCGCCGCGGCCUGCCGGCGGCGGCGGGGAGCUCGGGCCCCGGGACGUGUUCCUCGUCUGCGCCGCAUCCAUGGCCGCCGUCGCCGGCGUCAUGUUCGCGCACCUAGCCCUCGUGCUCAGGUCGGGCUACCACCACGCGUCGCCGCACGUCCAGGCCAUCCCCGGAUUCUUGCUCCUGGUGUUUCUGCUCCUGCUGUUCUGCCCGAUCAACGUCGUGUACCGGUCCAGUCGGUUUCAGUUCCUCAGGAUACUGAGGAACAUUGUGUUGUCACCGCUCUACAAGGUUGUGAUGGUAGACUUCUUCAUGGCCGAUCAGCUUUGCAGCCAGGUGCCUAUGCUACGAAGCCUGGAGUACCUGGCGUGCUAUUACAUCAGUGGGAGCUACUGGACGCAGGAGUACGGCUACUGUACCAACACCAAGCACAUCAGAGACCUGGCCUACGCCGUCUCCUUCCUGCCUUACUACUGGAGAGCCAUGCAGUGCGCACGGAGGUGGUUCGACGAGGGGGACACGAGCCACCUGGUGAACCUGGGCAAGUACGUCUCCGCCAUGCUCGCCGCCGGCGCCAAGGUGGCGUACGAGAAGGACAAGAGCCUGGCGUCGCUGUCGCUCCUCGUCGCCGUGUCCAGCGGCGCGACGGUGUACCAGCUGUACUGGGACUUCGUCAAGGACUGGGGCCUGCUCCAGCCCAACUCCAAGAACCCCUGGCUCAGGAACGACCUCAUCCUCAGGAGGAAAUCCAUAUACUACUUGUCAAUGGGACUGAACCUGGUGCUGAGGCUUGCUUGGCUGCAGACCGUCAUCCAUCCAAAUUUUGGGAGUUUGGAUUCUAGGGUCACUUCCUUCUUUCUAGCGGCCCUCGAGGUGAUCAGGCGAGGGCAUUGGAACUUCUACAGGUUGGAGAAUGAGCAUCUGAACAACGCAGGCAAGUUUCGGGCGGUAAAGACGGUUCCACUGCCUUUUCAUGAAGUGGACGAGGACUAAUGCACAACUACUGAACCAUCUGACCAUCGCUGCUAGAUCAAACACUUUGUUCCUUCAACAUUCUGCUGGAUUUUUUUCAAACUCAAGAGGUGGAGAAUUGUUCAGGUCCUUAGCUGUUCAUGCGUGUAAUUCAUUCCUUCAGGGAAUGGAAUGGCAUCUCUAUAUAACCCAAGAUGCUGAAAUCAUUUGUUCGUUCCUAGAUGCGUCAAGGUGUAAAUAAGAGGCACCGAAUUUCGCAGUA